ACGGGCGCACGCGGCGCAGCAGUCAGCGCGAGUACGUGAGAGCACAGCAGCAGCAGCGGACUUGGCGCACUUCACACACGCGCUUCUUCAAAGUAACAAGAAACUGACGUCGUAACAUCUGACGUUCACAUUUGGAUAAAACUGUUGCGUGUUUUUCUGCACGCUUUCCUGGCCCAUUUGAUUCACCGCGAUUGUUUAACUGCCUGGACAUUAAUGGAAGACUGGUCAUUUCACAAUGAGCGGAAGGUGACCUGCAAGCAUCCUGUCUCAAGCUUACCCUCACAAGACAACUGCAUCUUUGUCGUCAACGAACAGUCUGCCUCCAAAGUGCCAGCGAAUGAGAAGAAGGAACGGCCACUAAGCACCAUGAGUGAGGCAUCCAACUACACAGGCGUCUCGGACUAUGCCGUUAACCCCAGUAGCCCAGCAGGAAGACCCUCAAGACCUUCUAAAAAAAUUCAUAACUUUGGAAAGAGAUCCAACUCCAUCAGGAGGAAUCCCAGUGCCCCAGUAAUCAAGAGAAACUGGCUUUAUAAACAGGACAGUACAGGGAUGAAGCUGUGGAAAAAGAGGUGGUUUGUGCUGUCUGACCUGUGCCUCUUUUACUACAGAGAUGAAAAAGAGGAGGGCAUACUUGGCAGCAUCCUCCUACCAAGCUUUCAUAUAUCCAUGCUGUCUGUGGAAGAUCACAUUAACAGAAAAUAUGCCUUCAAGGUCAGUGCAUGUUUUCAUCCUUGUCAAACUUUGUUAGACUGCACAUUUUAUGGUUAAGGACAUUUAGAGCAUAGAAAAGUAAAUCAUUAUUGUUAUUAUUUAAAUCUCUAUUAAAAUAAGAUGUAAAAAUGUUUUUGCUGUUGUGGUUUACUAUGCUUUCUUAAGCAUAUAAAUC